AUGAGUUUUGAAGAUUCUCUUUCUCUUCAAUCUACCUUCACUUUCCUCUUCUCCUCUUUCACCAUCCUAUAUUCAUUAUUUUCUCUUCUCAUCUACAUCUCAAGAAUAAAACCAUGGUGUAACUGCAACACUUGCAAAACUUCCUUAACCAUGAGCUGGUCAAAAAACUUCAUAAACCUUUGCGACUACUACACUCAUCUUCUUCAAACCUCACCCACAGGAACAAUCAAUGUCCACGUCUUAGGUAACACCAUAACCGCAAAUCCACAAAACGUCGAAUACAUCCUCAAAACAAAUUUCAACAACUAUCCUAAAGGGAAACAAUUUUCCACACUUCUUGGCGAUCUUCUUGGUCGUGGUAUAUUCAACGUCGACGGUGAUACAUGGAAGUUUCAGCGGAAAAUCGCGUCUCUUGAACUAGGCAGUAUUGCAAUUCAUUCAUAUGCCAUGGAACUUGUUACAGAAGAAAUCAAAACUAGGCUUAUUCCUCUCAUAGCUUCAAAAACGGAUCAGAAAGAUGAUGAUUUUUUAGACAUGCAAGAUAUUCUUAGAAGAUUCUCGUUCGACAAUAUUUGUAAAUUCUCAUUUGGUUUAGACCCGUGUUGUCUUGUUCCAUCACUUCCUGUUUCAAAGCUCGCCGACGCUUUUGAUCUUUCAUCAAAGUUUUCAGCUGAAAGAGCGACAUGCGCGUCACCGUUAAUAUGGAAGAUGAAACGUUUCUUCAACGUUGGGUCGGAGAAGAAGCUGAAAGAAGCCAUUAAAGUGGUGAACAACAUGGCAAAAGAGAUGAUAAAACAAAGACGGGAAAUUGCAAUUGGAGUUGAUUCGCGAAAAGAUCUUCUCUCGCGUUUUAUGAAUACUUUGAAUUCAAACGAAGACGAAUAUUUAAGAGAUAUAGUUGUUAGUUUUCUUUUGGCUGGUCGUGAUACGGUUGCUUCUGCAUUAACCGGGUUUUUUAUUUUAUUGUCUAAGAACCCGGAUGUUGAGAAAAAGAUUCGGGUUGAGUUAGACCGAAUAAUGACCGCGGAUCAAGAAGUUGCUACUUUUGAACAGACGCGAGAGAUGCAUUAUAUUAAUGCAGCAAUCCAUGAGAGUAUGAGGUUUUUUCCACCGGUUCAGUUCGAUUCAAAGUAUGCUUUGGAAGAUGAUGUUUUACCGGAUGGUACUUUUGUGAAGAAGGGAAGUCGGGUUACUUAUCAUCCAUAUGCGAUGGGUCGGAUGAAAACAAUAUGGGGACCCGACUUUUUAGAAUUUAAACCGGAAAGAUGGUUGAGAGAAGGUGUGUUUGUACCAAAGAGUCCUUUUGAGUAUCCAGUUUUUCAAGCUGGUCUGAGAAUUUGUUUGGGAAAGGAAUUGGCUAUUGUAGAGAUGAAGUGUGUUGUUGCUGCUUUAGUAAGACAGUUUGAUGUUCGGGUUGUUGGAUCGAAUCAGGAGCCACGGUUCGCACCGGGUCUAUCUACCACAUUUAGAGAUGGCUUACCGGUUAAGUUUUAUGAAAGAACAUGAAUCAUAUGAUUUAAGUAAGAUGCUUGGUUGUAAUAACUUUAAUAAACUGAAAAACAUUAUGUGCGAAUA